CAAGUCUCGCCCACCGGAUGCCGCAAGGAAACUGCUGUGCUCCCCAAACGGAGUGAGCAGAAUAAAGCCCGGGGCUGCCUUCUACGAGGAAUUAUGCCAAAGCAGGUGGCACUGUGGUCAAAUAAUCCAGAACUACAUUCCCAGAAGUCUGUGCUGCACAACAAACAUGUCUGCUCCCUGAAAGGGGAAGAGAGCACAGCUUUCUGUGCAGCCAUAACUGGUAGUUUUUUUGUGUUCACAUUGUUGAUUAUACCUUCACCACCAUGAAACUCCUCAGCGUUCUUCUGACUCAGAAUACAAGAAGUCCUCUCUUUCUAUUGGUCUCUUCAAGCAAAUCUCCUGGCUGUGAAGUCUCUAACUGUUGCUAUUAUUCAACCUACAAGCAUAAAAGAAGCAUCAAGGAAUGUUACAGGAUCCUGAAGCUCCCCGAAGGAUCUUCUGCCGAUGAAGUUAGAGAUUCCUAUAGAACCUUGGCCAAGAAAUACCAUCCAGACAGCGGCGCAACCACUGCAAACGCCGCCAUGUUCAUGCAGAUUGAUGAUGCCUAUAGGGACGUGUUGACCCACUUGGCCACAGAGUCUAAGAAAGCAAAGGACCUGGAAGACGAGGAGGAAAAGAUGUCAGAAUAUAAGGUCCCGCAACACAGACAAUACUUGAGCUAUGAAGGUGUUGGUUUUGGCACACCAAGUCAAAGGCAGAGGCAGUAUAUGCAGUUUCGUGUGGAUCGGGCUACGGAUCAGGUUCUAGAUUAUCGGAAGCAGAAGCUAGAAUGUCAGUAUGCUGAAAACUCAAUGAUAGCCAAAGAUGUCAAACACAGCAAAAAAGUAAAAAUAACUCAAGCCAUUGAGCGGUUGGUGGAAGACCUCAUCCAGGAGUCUAUGGCGAAAGGGGAUUUUGAUAACCUCAGUGGGAAAGGAAAGCCCCUCAACAAGUUCUCCUCGUGUCCACAUAUUGACCCCAUGACCCAUAAUCUCAACAGAAUAUUGAUAGAUAACGGUUAUCAACCUGAGUGGAUCAUAUUGCAAAAAGAGAUCCGAGAAACUAUCGAUAAACUGAGAGAAGGUUUGGUGGCUUCUCGGAAAAAACUGGGAGAUCCCAUGACCUACAGGCAGGAAAACCAAUGGACGGAGAUUUGUGAGACCUUCAGAAGAGAUAUAACAAAACUGAACAAGAGAAUCAACGACUUUAACCUGGUUGUCCCACUAUUGAGCAGGCAAAUGGUCCAUUUCAAUGUGGAGAAAGAGAUCUCUCGAGCGGAGCAGGCGUUUAUCACCCUCAACGAGGAACUUAAAGCGGCAAAUAACACUGAGGCCGGUGAACAGAUGGACAAUCAUCCGGUCAACCCCACAGAGGUCUUCUUAAAUUGGAUAAAGCAGCUGAAGAACUUCAGAAAUCUGAAUAAACAUAAUAAAGACUAGUAGAAUAUAAUGUCUAGAUCUAGUAAUUUAGUGUCUGAAUGAUGUAGGGUUAUUGGGCACGGUCAUUUAGUGGAUAGCAACAGUGCCAUGCAGGGACGUAGCUAAAGGCUCAUGGGCCCUGGGGCAAGAGUUCAGCUUGGGUCCCCCUUCCCUCAGUGCUUUGUGGCCAGGAGCAGGGAAGCACAUAGCCUUCAUGCUGCCUUAGGUAAAAAUUGAAAUGCCCCUCCCCCAAUGCCAAAUUCUUGACCUAACCCCUUCCCUCCAGAGGUGUAACUUUACCUACAUGCACUUUCUAUAAUACCUGUGUCUUCUUAUAUGGCACAAGGUUCUUUGGGCCCCUCAGGCUUCUGGGCCGGGUAGCGACUGCUACUUCUGCACCACCUAUAGUUAUGCCCCUGGUGCUAUGGGUUUAAAGGAUAUCUGACAUAUCAA